UGUCAUCUAUCAAUCCUAGCUACUAUAAAUCAACACUUCUUUUCCAAUUUUAAUAUAUCCAAAACUCAAAACACGUAACAAAACAAAAAACCAAUUAAGACAAUGGCAACCAAGUUGUUUCUCCUAAUGAUAUUGCUCUCCCAUGUUGAAUCUUCUUUCUCAGAAUGGUGUCACCCACAAGACAAAAUGGCCCUUCUUCAAAUAAAAAAAGAACUCAACAAUCCAACCAUUCUUUCCUCAUGGAAACCAAACACUGAUUGCUGCAAAAUGAAUUGGUACGGAGUCACUUGUUUUCGCUCAAAUAACCGUGUCCGCGAUUUAAUUAUUUCAAACGAUAACAAGCUUAAUGCUAAAUUUCCACUUUCCAUCGAUAAUUUACCUUAUUUGGAGUCUCUGUUUUUCGAUCAUUUACCAAACCUCACCGGCCCAAUACCUAUUGAGCCCAUAUCCAAGCUACUCAAGCUCAGAACCCUCACAAUUAGCUCGACCGGGAUGUCGGGCCCAAUACCCAACUUCCCAGCCCAAAUGAAACACCUCUAUAACUUGGAUCUCUCAUCCAACUAUUUUUCAGGUACACUUCCGUAUUCUCUAUACAAAUUGCCAAAGCUCGGAUCAAUAUUCUUUUACAACAAUUCGUUGACAGGUUCAAUCCCUCCUUCAUAUGGUUACUUCAAUAAUAAAAACUUACCCUCUUUACUUCUCUCUCAUAACCAACUUUCGGGGAAACUCCCAAUUUCAUUGGCCAGACUUAACACAACCGUAAUCGAAUUAUCUCAUAAUAAGUUUGAAGGUGAUGCUUCAAUGCUUUUUGGCUCAAACAAAGCGACAAGGGAGAUAUAUCUUUCUCAAAACUUGUUUACAUUUGAUCUUGGAAAAGUUGAAUUGUCUAAGACCAUGACAACAUUGGAUGUGAGCCACAAUCAAAUCUAUGGGAAGCUUCCCGUGGGAAUAGAAAAUAUAUUGUCAUUGAAUGUGAGCUAUAAUAAUUUGUGUGGUAAGAUUCCAAAGGGUGGAAAUAUGCAUCUCUUUGGUGUGAAUUCUUUCUGCCAUAACAAGUGCUUAUGUGGAUCUCCUCUUUCAAACUGCAAAUGAUGAUCAUUGUAUUAUAUCCUGUAAGGGGGGUAAUUAAUUUGUGGUGCAUUAAUUACAUUUAACAAUAUUACUUCUAAUUAUGUGAAUGUGUAUGUGUUAUGU